AUUAUUAUAUUUAUUACAGGUAUAACCAAAAUGAUACCUGUGCUUGAAUUCUUCUUUCCGGUCACUUGGUUUUUACUCUUACUGUUUCUCGUUUGGUACUUCCUGUUAACGGACUGUGAUGCUGUUUUAGCAUUUGCGGAAAAGUUCGGUCGUCCAGUAGGGGACUUCAAAAGAAAGGUGGUAUGGGUUACAGGUGCUUCAAGUGGUUUGGGAGAAGCGAUGGCAUACGAGCUGGCUAGUGUAGGUGCGAAAUUAAUUUUAACAGCUAGAAGUGAAGAUUUGUUGCAGAAAGUAAAGGAAGAUUGUAUAGAAUUAUCUCAAGGACAAUUAGAGAAAAAAGAUAUUUUAGUUUUACCUUUUGAUUUAUCACGCCUGGAGUGCCAUAAAGAAAAUGUAGAGAAAGCAGUAAAUCAUUUUGGAAAAAUAGAUGUUCUCAUUAACAAUGCGGCUAGAUAUCAGAUUGGAGAGAUCAUUGAAACCGAUAUCGAAGUGGACAAAGCUAUCUUUGAUGUCAAUUUCUUUGGAACGGUAUCUCUUACAAAACUCCUUCUAAAGCAUUUUCUGCAGAAUGGUGGAGGACGCAUUGUCGUAAUUUCCAGUAUUGCAGGAAAAUAUGGCAUUCCGUCAACGGCAUCGUAUGCUGCUACUAAACACGCACUGCAGGGAUAUUUCGAAUCGGUGAGAAUGGAGCAUAACAGAGAUCGCAUUUCCGUCACCAUGAUAUGUCCUGGAAUCUUCAGCUCAUCUAUAUUUGGAAGGACUAUGACAACUAAAGCAGAUGAAAUACUGCAGAAGGACUACAUUCAUUAUGAAUGUACGAAUAUGUCAUCAGAAAGAUGCGCUCACCUGACGCUUGUGGCAGCAAUAAAUAAAUUGUUUGAAUCAUGGAUUGCCUACCAGCCAUUCCUUCUCAUGCUUGGAUCAUCUCAAUAUGUACCUGAUUUGUACAAAUAUGUCAUGAAUAUUAUUUACACCAAAAAACGUGUGUCUCAACUACAGGAAGGAAAAUGGCCACAUGAUCUACCAGUCUGGAGACCCCUAUUCAAGAAAGCGACAAGUCCUACUCCAGUCAGAGUUGUAAACGGCACUACAACUCCAGUUAAAGCUAUAAAUUGCACAAAAUAAACUGUGCAAAAUGAAUAUCAGCACAUAUAGUUUUAAAGAAUUGAAGAUGUAACACAUAAUUAGAGCUUCGCAUCAUCUGUUAUCAUAAUGUCAAACGGAAUUUUCGAACCAGUUUGUUUUGCAAAAAACAUUCCAAUAUUGUAUAUUUAUGUAUGUAUGUAUGUAUUACGUUGAUCACGUACGUGAUCAUCAACAUUCCAGAAAGAAGGAAUAAAAUUACUUUAUCAUA